CUCUUACUUUAGGAUUGGUUACCCUUUGCAGAAGGUGGGAUUCAGGAGGCAUCCGCCUCUUCAUCACACCAGGACUGCCGGGUAGAAAAUAACUCCAUCCCUUCCCUAAAUUAGUUGUGCUGCUUUUUUUUUUCCUUUUCUCUGGUGGUGGUACCUAAGUUUGGGGUUUUUUUAGGAUCUCCUUUCUCCCUCCUUAUUUGGAUUUUAUAUUUCACAUGGACCCUUAUCUGGGCAUCUUCUUCCUCACUCCCUUCUUCCAGUCCUGCUGUGCCUGGUCAGUGAAUAAUUUCCUGAUGACGGGCCCCAAGGCCUAUCUCAUCUACUCCAGCAGUGUGGCGGCUGGGGCACAGAGCGGCAUCGAGGAGUGCAAGUUCCAGUUUGCCUGGGAUCGCUGGAACUGCCCAGAGAGGGCACUGCAGCUCUCCAGCCACGGUGGGCUGCGCAGUGCAAACCGAGAAACAGCCUUUGUCCAUGCCAUCAGCUCUGCGGGCGUCAUGUACACGCUGACCCGGAACUGCAGCCUAGGGGAUUUUGACAACUGUGGCUGUGACGACUCCCGCAAUGGACAGCUGGGGGGACAAGGCUGGCUGUGGGGAGGCUGCAGCGAUAAUGUGGGCUUUGGGGAAGCCAUUUCCAAGCAGUUUGUGGAUGCCCUGGAGACUGGACAAGAUGCCAGAGCUGCUAUGAACCUGCAUAACAAUGAGGCAGGUAGAAAGGCAGUGAAAGGGACCAUGAAGCGGACUUGCAAAUGCCACGGUGUGUCGGGCAGCUGCACCACCCAGACCUGCUGGCUGCAGUUGCCUGAGUUUCGGGAGGUGGGCACUUACCUCAAGGAGAGGUACCACAAAGCCCUGAAGGUAGACUUGCUGCAGGGAGCAGGGAACAGUGCUGCCAGCCGGGGUGCCAUUGCUGAGACCUUCAGUUCCAUCUCCAAGAAGGAACUGGUCCAUUUGGAAGACUCUCCUGACUACUGCCUGGAGAACAAGACACUGGGGCUGCUGGGCACGGAGGGCAGGGAGUGCCUGAAGAGGGGCAAGGCGCUCAGCAAGUGGGAGAAGCGGAGCUGCCGGCGGCUGUGUGGGGACUGUGGGCUGGCAGUGGAGGAGAGGCGAGCUGAGAUGGUGUCCAGCUGCAACUGCAAGUUCCACUGGUGCUGCGCUGUGCGCUGCGAGCAGUGCCGCAAACGUGUCACCAAGUACUUCUGUGUCCGCAAGGAGAAGCGCGAGCGGAGCGGAGGAGGCGGAGCCAGCCGCAAGCUCAAGAGAAAGCUCUAACUUGCUUCUGCUCCUCCACAGUCUUGUCUGCCCCUCUCCUCUCCUGCCCUUCCCAUCAGCCCCUGGCACCAUUUCCAUUUGGCAUAGUUUUGUCUCAUUCCCACUGCUGCCUCACUGGGGCCUGGACAAGGCAAAAGAGCCUUGUAUGAGUGCUCAGGCCUUGCCCAUACAGGGCAUUAGUGCAGUGGGUAACAUCUUCUGGGGAGACCUCCAAGUGUUGACAAAACAAGGUGAGAUUCGGUCCCUUGAACUCAGUGUCACUCUAUCCAGUGACUAUGGCAUUAUCUCUGAAAACACAGGAGGUCUUGGUGGCUCCUGUGGUUUUGAGCUUGUCUGUUCCCCAAACAAGCACCUGCUCUGGGCUUUUGAGUAAGUGAGAUAAAAAGUACAAGGAAACUGAGAUGGCACCAACAGCUGGGCAACUCAGAUCAGUAAUCUGUAAAUGAGAAGAAGCUUUUAAAAAAUAUAGGCACUAAAAUAGUUAUUGCCCCAGGCCUACACAAUGAGGAAAUAGAAAAGGCAUGCAACUCCUUUCUCAGCAAGCCAGCCUCCAGAACCCCACAGCUUCGGUCCCAUCCUUUGACAGCUUUGCUAAGCUCUCCAGUGCUUUACUUUGCAUUUGAAAUGGCAGCAGCAAGAUCAAAGCUGCUGCUUGACCUGCCCAUUACACAGCUGUCCAAAAAAGGGGUCUUAUCACUUAGUUUUUACAUGCUUUCUCUUUGUCUUCCAAGCCUCCAGGUCUGGUCUCUCUUUUCAGGCCAGCAUUCCUGCCAAAGGCCCUGACUGAUGCCAUAAAGAUGCCCUCACACUUCUCCACUCCCUCUUUCCUCCCAAAUCUCUCCCAGAGAGGAGCUGCCAGCUGAGCCUACUCCCCAUGUCCUGAUGUACUUGCCAAGCACUCUUACCCUGUCAGCUAACUAACUAAAUACUUCUUCCUAGUCUGAGAAAAUAAUGUCAGUUACUAUUUAAUGGUGGUGUAAAUAGGAAAGUGAAGCACUUUGAAGUUUAAUUUAUUGCACAGUUACUGUGAUGUAUACGUAACAGUUUUUCCUCUACCACUUAUUGUAUAUAUUCUAUAGGCUAAGCAAGCAGCAGGAAGAUUUGGUUGAUGCAUCUCUGUUCCCUUGCUGAGGUUAGGGGAGGGAGGUAAGAAGCUGCAGGACUUGUAUAAGCUCACUGCACCAUCACAGCAAUCUUCCCCAGUGCUGUGAUAAUACCAUCUACUUUGCUGUUUGAAGUGUCCUUUAGCCAGACGAGAAGCCAGCAGAGCUGUUACUGGCCAUUAGACCCAUCUUGUAGCCAAUAUUUGUAAACCGAUAGCCAAUGCAAUAAAUCAGUA